AUGGCGAGUUGGUUCUCGUCGACUUCGCCGCUCGAUGAGCGGAUCGAGCGGGCUACAUCGUCUUCUCUGGAAGAUAUUGCCCUCAAUCUAGAAAUUUCAGAUCUCAUCCGGUCGAAAGGUGUUCAGCCAAGGGAGGCGAUGAGAGCGCUGAAACGACGAUUAGAAAGUCGGAAUCCGAACGUGCAACUAGCGACUUUGAAGUUGACAGACACUUGCGUAAAGAAUGGAGGCACACAUUUUCUCGCUGAAAUCGCAUCGCGCGAGUUUAUGGAUAACCUUGUAUCGCUUCUCAAGGCGGAAGGCGCCCCGCUCAACAGCGACGUGAGAGAAAAGAUGCUAGCGCUUAUCCAGGAUUGGGCGAUGGCGGCACAAGGGCGUAUGGACUUGGCAUAUGUCGGGCAUACCCACCGGAAGCUGGAGGACGAGGGGUUCCCAUUCCCUCCUAAGUCUCAAAUCAGUGGCAGCAUGCUGGAAAGCAGUGCACCUCCAGAGUGGAUCGAUUCCGACGUCUGUAUGCGCUGUCGGACACCGUUCAGUUUCAUGAAUCGCAAACACCACUGCCGGAAUUGCGGUAACGUAUUCGACGCUCAGUGCUCGAGCAAGUCCCUCCCUCUACCCCAUUUGGGCAUACUACAGCCGGUGCGCGUUGAUGAUGGGUGUUAUGCGAGGUUGACGUCGAAACCGUUCCUGCCACCUAACCUCUCGGACCGAUCCUCGUUCAAGAACAACUCUAUCACCAAGUCUAACGCGAUGGAACCUCGAACAGCCAGGGCGGAAAGUGGCUUUGAUGAUGAUUUGCGUCGGGCGUUGGAGAUGAGUUUGGAGGAGGCUCAAAACAAGGGCUCCGCAGGCUAUGUCCCACAGGCCAAACUUGCCGGGACCCAGCCUCCAGCUGCCCAGACAAAUGUCGAGGAGGAAGAGGAUGCGGAUCUGAAGGCUGCUAUUGAGGCUUCUCUGCGGGAUAUGGAAGAGCACAAAAAACAACACGCUGCGGCUUUGAAGAAUCGCACUACGGAGCCUCCUGCGCAAGACACACCGAGUGCGGCCCCUCUGCCUAAGAAUCCCUACGAGCUCAGCCCAGUGGAGGCAGAGAAUAUCCAUCUUUUUGCUACUCUGGUCGACCGAUUGCAACAUCAACCACCUGGAACCAUCCUCAGAGAACCCCAGAUCCAAGAGUUAUAUGACAGCAUUGGGUCUCUUCGACCGAAGCUUGCAAGGAGCUAUGGUGAGACAAUGAGCAAGCAUGAUACUCUCCUUGAUCUUCAUGGCAAAUUAUCGACAGUGGUUCGUUAUUACGACCGUAUGUUGGAGGAGCGCCUGUCAAACGCAUACUCGCAACACUCAAUAGGGUAUGGGGCUGUUCCUCCAAGGCAAUACCCUGGCGUGUACCCUUCGAUGCCUCCCCCUCCUUCUGGUGCCGAUGGGAAGGUUGGGUUGGAGAACUUCUAUUAUGGACAACCUACCACCGAAGCGCCACCGCCGUCUGCUACACCGUAUACGCAACAGCCUCAGUUCGAGAGGGGCAUCCCUGAUGGCACUGGUCAUACCAGGAGCCCUAGUGUCUACCCGCAGCCCCCUCAGUCUGUUGCCUGGAAUGGAACUGCAUAUCCUCCUGUUGCUUCCCCGCCACCCUCCAAUCCGGUGCAGUCACCAUACUUGGGCCAAGCAGCUCCAGCGCAGUAUUAUACAGCACCGACAUUGCCAGGACAGGAAUACACUUCCCGACCACCAGGGGAGCCGGAAACGCAGUAUCAACCAUCGCCUAUGGUGCAACAUCAGGAAUCUCAAUACCCCCAAUAUCCCCCAGCACCAUCCGGGUAUCCGCAGGCACCAGUGCCUAGCGCACCGGAGCAGCCACCAUCUACGGACCAGCAGUCUUCUGGGUACCCGUACCGGGAGUACACAGAGGCUCCUCCGAUGCCAGUAAGUGGGCAAUCGGCUCCUCUACAGCAGCAGCAGCCACAAAAAGCGCAGCAAUCCUACUAUUACCCACCGCCGCCGCGACAUGAGCCACAGCAGCAGGCACCUGUGCCGUCUGCCUACCCACUCCAAUCACAGGCUGGCACGUAUUCUACUGGGGCGGACGUUUCGCCGGUUUCUGCACCAAGCACGCACUAUGCACCACCUGCAGCGUCUCGACCACCUGUGGAGGAAAGCUUGAUCGAGCUGUAG